CACGCUGUGCUACAGUUGGCAACAUGUUUUAUAUAUGUACACAAUAGCCACGUGACUGGAUGUUAUCAACUAACUGACGUUCUCAAGUUAUUUACGUUUUGCCAAUUUUGAAGCUAAACUAACACCAAAUAUAAAUGAUUAAAUAUCUGCCUCGUUAAUCUAACUCGGAAUGUUGAUGCUUAAAGUACUUUCAUUACUCUGGAAAAAAAAAAUAGUAAAAUAAUACAUUUGAUCUUUUUUUUUUGUAAUCUAAAAGCUGGUUUGGUAUAACACUUGCAACUUAAAUUCUGGAGUAAAUUUGUCAUGUAAUUAUAUUAAUUAAUCAUAAAGGCUAUGCACUUACAACUCAUUAAAACAAGUUUAUUUUCACUCUGGUAUUUAUUUAAACAUUUCAAGAGUUAUAGUGCGACAACAAGGAAAAGAACCUACGCAGAUCUCACUGCCAGCAGACGGUCAUGUGAUAAGCGCGUCAGGAAGUGGGGGGGGGUUAGUGAUGGAGCCGCUGUCUGGCUAAAACCUUCGCGCUCGGCUGUCUCGCAGUCCGUAUUACACGAACAGAUCUAAGUAAUGGCUUCUACGUCGGGAUUGAAAUCACGUAUUGAAUCUGGCACGCCAUUGCGGGGAAAAGCUCGUGAGAUUGUUUACAAUUUUGCAACACAUCUCAGUAAACAAAAACAGUUUAUAAAUUGACGUACAAUGUCGCUGUAACAACAAGUGCUGCAACAGGUGUCUCAGUAUCAACAGUUAGACGAAUUCUAGCAGAAGAUGCCUGGAGUGGAUACGCAACAGUAAGAAUGAAUCAUUUCUUGAACUAACCGAAAAGACAUUGAAAAGAAAAAAGAUAUGUGAACACCACUUCAACAUCGAGGACUUUGUAAAUUCCUCAAAAUCUCGUUUACUGUGGACCGCUGUUCCGAAAGAAAUUGAAAACUGUACCAAAAGCGAUUCGGAGCAGACACUCACCAACCGAGAAGAGGACAAGAACAGAGCAAUGCAGAAAGGUCUAUCUGUGAAGGAACUUAGCUCAGGUGGCCUGCUAAGUCCUGUGAUCCAGGAUGUCACCAGAACCGAGCAGUCAGUCCUUGGUCGUAAUCAGGCACACCCGCCCGCCUGCAGCGGGGGCCACGUGGCAGCGCUCUCUGGCAGCACCUACUGCCCAACACCCUCAGGCUCGGCGGUCCACGAGGAAAAACCCUUCAGACAUGAUCCUGUAGAGUGCGAGGAGAUGCAUGGGUCCAUGGGUCCUGAUGGUUUACCAUUGGAAGAUGUGCUUCAUCCCCCAAUCGAACACGUGUCUGUCCAAGAAGGGGAUUUCAAAUUGGAAUUUGAAGCUGAUGCUGAGGAUACCCUGUCAUCUGGGCAUACGAUAAGCAAGCCGGCCGGAGCUGUGAAGGCAGAGCCUCAGGUGGACAUGUCGGAGCUGGACGGCGCUAGCUCGCUCACUUCAGACGACGAGCACGACAGCUUCGGGCGGGUGGUGGCGGCCAAGCUGAGGCACAUGUCCGCCAAGCAGCGGCUAGUGGCCGAGAAGCUAAUACAUGACGUGCUGUUCCAAGGCCAGCUGGGAGCCCUGCAGCCAGUCACUGCGCUGGCACCGCUCCGGACGGGCUACUGAGCUACUGAGCUCCUGAGCUCCUGAGCUCCUGAGCUCCUGAGCUGCUGGAUGCACUCUCCCUGGCUCACAGUACACCUGGCAGCAGUGGCUAGUGGCAGAGGGACUGAUACACGACGUGAUGUUCCAAGGCCAGCUGGGAGCCCUGCAGCCGGUCACUGCGCUGGCACCGCUCCGGACGGGCUACUGAGCUACUGAGCUCCUGAGCUCCUGAGCUGCUGGAUGCACUCUCCCUGGCUCACAGUACACCUGGCAGCAGUGGCUAGUGGCAGAGGGACUGAUACACGACGUGAUGUUCCAAGGCCAGCUGGGAGCCCAGCAGCCGGUCACUGCGCUGGCACCGCUCCGGACGGGCUACUGAGCUACUGAGCUCCUGAGCUCCUGAGCUGCUGGAUGCACUCUCCCUGGCUCACAGUACACCUGGCAGCAGCGGCUAGUGGCAGAGGGACUGAUACACGACGUGCUGUUCCAAGGCCAGCUGGGAGCCCUGCAGCCGGUCACUGCGCUGGCACCGCUCCGGACGGGCUACUGAGCUACUGAGCUCCUGAGCUCCUGAGCUGCUGGAUGCACUCUCCCUGGCUCACAGUACACCUGGCAGCAGCGGCUAGUGGCAGAGGGACUGAUACACGACGUGAUGUUCCAAGGCCAGCUGGGAGCCCAGCAGCCGGUCACUGUGCUGGCACCGCUCCGGACGGACUACUGAGCUACUGAGCUCCUGAGCUCCUGAGCUGCUGGAUGCACUCUCCCUGGCUCACAGUACACCUGGCAGCAGCGGCUAGUGGCAGAGGGACUGAUACACGACGUGAUGUUCCAAGGCCAGCUGGGAGCCCUGCAGCCGGUCACUGCGCUGGCACCGCUCCGGACGGGCUACUGAGCUACUGAGCUCCUGAGCUCCUGAGCUCCUGAGCUGCUGGAUGCACUCUCCCUGGCUCACAGUACACCUGGCAGCAGCGGCUAGUGGCAGAGGGACUGAUACACGACGUGCUGUUCCAAGGCCAGCUGGGAGCCCUGCAGCCGGUCACUGCGCUGUCACCGCUCCGGACGGGCUACUGAGCUACUGAGCUCCUGAGCUCCUGAGCUGCUGGAUGCACUCUCCCUGGCUCACAGUACACCUGGCAGCAGCGGCUAGUGGCAGAGGGACUGAUACACGACGUGAUGUUCCAAGGCCAGCUGGGAGCCCUGCAGCCGGUCACUGCGCUGGCACCGCUCCGGACGGGCUACUGAGCUACUGAGCUCCUGAGCUCCUGAGCUCCUGAGCUGCUGGAUGCACUCUCCCUGGCUCACAGUACACCUGGCAGCAGCGGCUAGUGGCAGAGGGACUGAUACACGACGUGAUGUUCCAAGGCCAGCUGGGAGCCCUGCAGCCGGUCACUGCGCUGGCACCGCUCCGGACGGGCUACUGAGCUACUGAGCUCCUGAGCUCCUGAGCUCCUGAGCUGCUGGAUGCACUCUCCCUGGCUCACAGUACAUCUGACAGCAGCGGCUAGUGGCAGAGGGACUGAUUCACGACGUGAUGUUCCAAGGCCAGCUGGGAGCCCAGCAGCCGGUCACUGUGCUGGCACCGCUCCGGACGGGCUACUGAGCUACUGAGCUCCUGAGCUCCUGAGCUGCUGGAUGCACUCUCCCUGGCUCACAGUACACCUGGCAGCAGCGGCUAGUGGCAGAGGGACUGAUACACGACGUGAUGUUCCAAGGCCAGCUGGGAGCCCAGCAGCCGGUCACUGUGCUGGCACCGCUCCGGACGGGCUACUGAGCUACUGAGCUCCUGAGCUCCUGAGCUCCUGAGCUGCUGGAUGCACUCUCCCUGGCUCACAGUACACCUGGCAGCAGCGGCUAGUGGCAGAGGGACUGAUACACGACGUGAUGUUCCAAGGCCAGCUGGGAGCCCAGCAGCCGGUCACUGUGCUGGCACCGCUCCGGACGGGCUACUGAGCUACUGAGCUCCUGAGCUCCUGAGCUGCUGGAUGCACUCUCCCUGGCUCACAGUACACCUGGCAGCAGCGGCUAGUGGCAGAGGGACUGAUACACGACGUGAUGUUCCAAGGCCAGCUGGGAGCCCAGCAGCCGGUCACUGUGCUGGCACCGCUCCGGACGGGCUACUGAGCUACUGAGCUACUGAGCUCCUGAGCUGCUGGAUGCACUCUCCCUGGCUCACAGUACACCUGGCAGCAGCGGCUAGUGGCAGAGGGACUGAUACACGACGUGAUGUUCCAAGGCCAGCUGGGAGCCCUGCAGCCGGUCACUGCGCUGGCACCGCUCCGGACGGGCUACUGAGCUACUGAGCUCCUGAGCUCCUGAGCUGCUGGAUGCACUCUCCCUGGCUCACAGUACACCUGGCAGCAGCGGCUAGUGGCAGAGGGACUGAUACACGACGUGAUGUUCCAAGGCCAGCUGGGAGCCCUGCAGCCGGUCACUGCGCUGGCACCGCUCCGGACGGGCUACUGAGCUACUGAGCUCCUGAGCUGCUGGAUGCACUCUCCCUGGCUCACAGUACACCUGGCAGCAGUGGCUAGUGGCAGAGGGACUGAUACACGACGUGAUGUUCCAAGGCCAGCUGGGAGCCCAGCAGCCGGUCACUGUGCUGGCACCGCUCCGGACGGGCUACUGAGCUACUGAGCUCCUGAGCUCCUGAGCUCCUGAGCUGCUGGAUGCACUCUCCCUGGCUCACAGUACACCUGGCAGCAGCGGCUAGUGACAGAGGGACUGAUACACGACGUGAUGUUCCAAGGCCAGCUGGGAGCCCUGCAGCCGGUCACUGCGCUGGCACCGCUCCGGACGGGCUACUGAGCUACUGAGCUCCUGAGCUCCUGAGCUGCUGGAUGCACUCUCCCUGGCUCACAGUACACCUGGCAGCAGUGGCUAGUGGCAGAGGGACUGAUACACGACGUGAUGUUCCAAGGCCAGCUGGGAGCCCAGCAGCCGGUCACUGUGCUGGCACCGCUCCGGACGGGCUACUGAGCUACUGAGCUCCUGAGCUCCUGAGCUGCUGGAUGCACUCUCCCUGGCUCACAGUACACCUGGCAGCAGUGGCUAGUGGCAGAGGGACUGAUACACGGCGUGAUGUUCCAAGGCCAGCUGGGAGCCCAGCAGCCGGUCACUGUGCUGGCACCGCUCCGGACGGGCUACUGAGCUACUGAGCUCCUGAGCUCCUGAGCUGCUGGAUGCACUCUCCCUGGCUCACAGUACACCUGGCAGCAGCGGCUAGUGGCAGAGGGACUGAUACACGACGUGAUGUUCCAAGGCCAGCUGGGAGCCCAGCAGCCGGUCACUGUGCUGGCACCGCUCCGGACGGGCUACUGAGCUACUGAGCUCCUGAGCUCCUGAGCUGCUGGGUGCACUCUCCCUGGCUCACAGUACACCUGGCAGCAGUGGCUAGUGGCAGAGGGACUGAUACACGGCGUGAUGUUCCAAGGCCAGCUGGGAGCCCAGCAGCCGGUCACUGUGCUGGCACCGCUCCGGACGGGCUACUGAGCUACUGAGCUCCUGAGCUCCUGAGCUGCUGGAUGCACUCUCCCUGGCUCACAGUACACCUGGCAGCAGCGGCUAGUGGCAGAGGGACUGAUGCACGACGUGAUGUUCCAAGGCCAGCUGGGAGCCCAGCAGCCGGUCACUGUGCUGGCACCGCUCCGGACCGGCUACUGAGCUACUGAGCUCUUGAGCUGCUGGAUGCACUCUCCCUGGCUCACAGUACACCUGGCAGCAGCGGCUAGUGGCAGAGGGACUGAUACACGACGUGAUGUUCCAAGGCCAGCUGGGAGCCCAGCAGCCGGUCACUGUGCUGGCACCGCUCCGGACGGGCUACUGAGCUACUGAGCUCCUGAGCUCCUGAGCUGCUGGAUGCACUCUCCCUGGCUCACAGUACACCUGGCAGCAGUGGCUAGUGGCAGAGGGACUGAUACACGGCGUGAUGUUCCAAGGCCAGCUGGGAGCCCAGCAGCCGGUCACUGUGCUGGCACCGCUCCGGACGGGCUACUGAGCUACUGAGCUCCUGAGCUCCUGAGCUGCUGGAUGCACUCUCCCUGGCUCACAGUACACCUGGCAGCAGCGGCUAGUGGCAGAGGGACUGAUACACGACGUGAUGUUCCAAGGGCAGCUGGGAGCCCAGCAGCCGGUCACUGUGCUGGCACCGCUCCGGACGGGCUACUGAGCUACUGAGCUCCUGAGCUGCUGGAUGCACUCUCCCUGGCUCACAGUACACCUGGCAGCAGCGGCUAGUGGCAGAGGGACUGAUACACGACGUGAUGUUCCAAGGCCAGCUGGGAGCCCAGCAGCCGGUCACUGUGCUGGCACCGCUCCGGACGGGCUACUGAGCUACUGAGCUCCUGAGCUGCUGGAUGCACUCUCCCUGGCUUACAGUACACCUGGCAGCAGUGGCUAGUGGCAGAGGGACUGAUACACGACGUGAUGUUCCAAGGCCAGCUGGGAGCCCUGCAGCCGGUCACUUUGCUGGCACCGCUCCGGACGGGCUACUGAGCUACUGAGCUCCUGAGCUCCUGAGCUGCUGGAUGCACUCUCCCUGGCUCACAGUACACCUGGCAGCAGUGGCUAGUGGCAGAGGGACUGAUACACGACGUGAUGUUCCAAGGCCAGCUGGGAGCCCUGCAGCCGGUCACUGCGCUGGCACCGCUCCGGACGGGCUACUGAGCUACUGAGCUCCUGAGCUCCUGAGCUCCUGAGCUGCUGGAUGCACUCUCCCUGGCUCACAGUACACCUGGCAGCAGUGGCUAGUGGCAGAGGGACUGAUACACGACGUGAUGUUCCAAGGCCAGCUGGGAGCCCUGCAGCCGGUCACUGCGCUGGCACCGCUCCGGACGGGCUACUGAGCUACUGAGCUCCUGAGCUCCUGAGCUGCUGGAUGCACUCUCCCUGGCUCACAGUACACCUGGCAGCAGUGGCUAGUGGCAGAGGGACUGAUACACUGCUGCCGCUGACAUUUACGAAAGCAUAUUUUCAACAAUGAACCACAGUUCUUGCCUUACAUUCUUCUGUUAAAUCUUUCAGUGUAAGAUUAAAUGUUUUAGUCUUUUAUUAAAUAUUUUUAGAAAUGUUU